CUUACCUCCUACCUACAUGUCGCUUAUAAUCACGAUAUUCGUGCUGGUCUUUCUGACACAGCUAAUCUCCUGGAUUGGCCAGACAGUGCUGCUGGAGCUUGCUUAUGCGCUCUACCUGAGGAUAUUCCGCGCGUCCGCUGUCGCGCAGCAGAGACAGCUCAAGGCUGAUUUGUUAGCGAAGAAGGCGGAGCUGCUGCAAACGAGCGCGCAGGAUCAGUUUGCGAAGUGGGCGAAGUUGAGGAGGAGCGUGGACAAGGGUCUUGCAGACCUUGAGAAGCUCAACGGCGAGCUCGCGACGUCGAAGACAUCCUUUGCCGUACAAUUCAAUGGCUUGAUAUGGGCCCUUACGACCGGACUGCAAUUCGUAGUGACGUGGUGGUACAGGAAGUCGGCUGUGUUCUACCUCCCCGAAGGAUGGCUCGGUCCCCUUACAUGGUGGUUGGCGCUCCCAUUCGCUCCUGCAGGCUCUGUAAGCGUCGGCGUGUGGCAGAUGGCGUGUAGACGAGUUAUAAAAGUGGGGGAACGUGUGGUGAAAGAGCUCGCCACAUCCCCGACACCGGUCGAGCCGGUUGCCGUGGACGUGGACGCGGACGAUGAUAGGUCUAAAAAGCAAUCAUGAUUUUUUACGUGCUGUACCUUCGAAUGCUAUUUCCGUCCCGCCCUGUCCAUGACAAACGGAGGGAUUCCCUACGAAAAGCGUGUGGCUGGUAUGAGGAAAGCGGCUGAUAUGAUCGC